GGCGCCGCACGCUGCAGCACCCGGGCGCUGCGCGGCGGCCGCGGAGGCCGCCGGCGCCACGGCCCCGCUCACCGCGGCGCGGUAUGCCGCCGCGCCCUCCCCGCCCAGUGGCGGAUCCUGGGCCCUGGGCCCCGAACUUCGAAUCGGAGAUCGACUACGGCACGGACUUCUGAUGGGCCAAUGCGCCACGACCACUGCUGAAGGUAGGACGGGGGAGAAGGGAGGAUGGGGAGGUCCUCCUCAUCUUUCUCCUCCUCCUCCUCCUCCGCCUCCCCCGCCUCCCUCUCCCUGCCCAUGGCAGCGGUGGCGGAAAACGGGCCCCUCAACUUACCCCUCCAUGUAUUUGUUCCUCGUCGAGUCCGCGCUGGGGCCCCGCUGGCGCCACGGCCUUGCUCCAAGGCGGCGGGCCUGCCGCCGCGCCCUCCCGUCGCCCAAUGGCGCCCGGGGCGCCGGCCGCCGCCCACACACGCCUCGGCCCCAUUCCAGUCAGGGCGCACAGUGAGGGCGCGCGCCUGCUCUAGGGUAAGGUCGGGGACGUCCCUCUGCAGGAGGAAUCUGUCAAAACAGCCAAAAGGGCCACGUCUGUCGACGCUCGGAGGGAUAGGGGCGAAUAGCCCAUGGUCGGCGACUGCAAAGGGUAUGCUUUCACCAGGGUGUGGUUUGCGAUCGGCACCGUUCGGGCCUGGAGGGCGCGGGCGGUUCCAGAGGAGGAACUGGUACCCAUACCGCUACCCCUUGGCCGUUUUUUUUUUUUUUUUCGGCCUGCUGGGGAGGCCCUCGUCGCCGCCGCUGGAUUCGUGUUGAAAUCCAGGUACGGGGAGUAGUGGAAUUGGUACCUUUUGGUUUCCCCAGCCAUUCAGGCCAGAGACACUUUUGUCGACACUCGGCGGCUCCCAUGAGUUGCCACCGAAGCGCGUCCUUGCUUCUUCAUUCCGCUCCUCCAUGCCUCACCACAAAGCGCUGCGGGGUCCACGAGUUGUCAGUCUGGCGCUGCGGGCGCCUCUGCCCUUCCGAUUCUAUCCCUGGCCCUACAGUUGGUUCCGCCUGCAAGUCGCAGUCCCUCAAUUUUGUGUUUUAAUUUUGUUGUGCCUGGGCGCUUCUGGCCGCAGGGAUACAUCCGUGCUGCGUGUCGGAGGAGCGUUGGGCCCCGCCUUGUGCAAAAGCACCGCAAUCAAUGCGCAUUCGAGGAAGUAGAGCAAAUGUUCAUUCCAUCGAAUCUGGCACGUUCUGACUCGUGUUCCUGAUGAGCCCGCCGCCGCCGCCACGCUGCGCCCUUGACGUUUCACUCUGGCGCCCAGCCGCGGCUUCGGCAAGAGUUGGUUCCGACUGCGUUUGCGCCCGGUGUAAAACACGUUGUCUUCUGUGUCAGAGCUACAUGGCUUGCUGGCAGACGACAACGAUGAGAGGACUUGGAGGCCGCGUGGC